GACUCAGCACACACACGUGGAGGAUGGGAUUGGGUCGUGACCAGGAGGCGGUAGCUCUGAGUGGACUUGAACGACCUGCGUUGUUGUGGAAUCUCCUGCGCUGCAUUAUGCAUCCUGUUUUGUGACUGACGUCACUCACUUUCACUAACUAAUCUUUCACUAACAUCACUUUGUUUUCUCUGGUCACCAGCUGCAUUCAUUACUGAAGGCAAGCAUCACCAUGUCUAUCAGAACUAUCUUCUUCUUUGUGGUCUCACUCUCCAAACGUUUCCAGUGCAUGGACAGUGAACUUUGCUUCCCAGUCAGAUUGGAUAACAAUGACAGUCGGGAUUCAGACAACGACGUCCAUGUAGGGAGUGGAACAUGUAUCCUGAAGAUACGAGCUUUGCAGCAGGAGCUGCUGAUCGAUUUACACCAAGACUCUUCAUUCAUUGCUCCUUCCAUUUCUAACUCAGAUGUCACAACUGAUUUGAGCCAAUGCUUUUACUCUGGAUAUGUGAAUGCUGACCGCUCUUCAUACGCCGCUUUGAGCCUCUGCAAGGGUGUACACGGUGUUUUUGGAUUUCAAGGAUGGGAUUAUUUUAUCAGCCCGGUGAAAAAUGAAAGUAUAGGAGGCGCUCACAUGUUACAGAGACGAAUUAGCGACAACCUGAAGCUCAAUUCUACCUCAAGGUGCGCAGUGGACAGCGACAUGCAUCUACAGGUCGCUCGAUCAUUGGAGAAGUACAAGCAUUUCAAAUAUUACAACAACGUGAACGAAACGCUGCUGAGGAGGAUGGGGAGAUCCAAAAGGUUCGCCUCAGUCCCCAGAUACGUGGAGACGCUCGUCGUGGCGGACGAGUCCAUGGCGCAGUUCCAUGGAGAUGACCUGAAACGUUACCUCCUGACCCUGAUGUCGGUGACAGCGAGGCUCUACAAACACCCCAGUAUUCUUAACUCCAUCAGCAUCGCAGUUGUGCGGAUCGUGAUUAUAACCGAGGAGGACCAAGGUCCCAGGGUGUCCGCGAACGCAGCCCUCACGCUGCGAAACUUCUGCACAUGGCAAACAAAGAUGAACAAAAACAGCGACAAACACCCAGAUUACUGGGAUACCGCAAUCCUUUUCACGAGACAGGAUCUGUGUGGAGCCUCCACCUGUGACACUCUUGGCAUGGCAGAUGUUGGCACCAUGUGUGACCCCAAGAGAAGCUGCUCUGUGAUUGAAGAUGAUGGCCUGCCUUCAGCCUUCACCACUGCCCAUGAACUUGGACACAUUUUUAGCAUGCCACAUGACAAUGUAAAGGAUUGUGAGGAUGUAUUUGGGAUACUGCAGGACAACCACAUGAUGUCUCCCACACUUGUUCAAAUCAACCGCACCAGCCCCUGGUCUCCCUGCAGUGCUGCGAUCAUCACUCAAUUUCUGGACAGUGGGCACGGGAAAUGUUUGCUUGACCAGCCUCAGAACCCGUUCACCCUCCCUGACUUGCUGCCGGGAGCAAUCUACACCCUGGAACGUCAGUGUGAACUUGCAUUUGGAGAGGGCUCCAAGCCUUGUCCUUUCAUGCAACCACCAUGCGGACGUCUGUGGUGCACAGGAAAGUCUAAUGGCCAUUUGGUGUGCAUGACUCGACACUUCCCCUGGGCAGAUGGCACUAGCUGUGGGGCUGGAAAAGUGUGCGGCAAAGGUGUCUGCUCUGACAAAUGGGUCCAAAAUGUGAAGGUGGAUGGCCGCUGGGGUAAGUGGGGCACAUUUGGUUUCUGCUCACGCACAUGUGGAGGUGGUGUCCAGUUGUCUAAAAGAGAGUGUAACAACCCAGCUCCGUUAAAUGGUGGUAAAUACUGCCAAGGGGUUCGGGUCAAAUACCGCUCCUGCAACUUGAACCACUGUCCUGACACAGGUGUAACUUACCGUGAAGAGCAGUGUGAGAGCAGUGGCCGGAUAUUCAACAGUAACCACAUAGCUCCCUCUGUUGUUUGGAUACCAAAGUAUUCUGGAGUGUCACCUGAUGACAGAUGUAAACUCAUUUGCAGAGCUAAUGCCACUGGCUACUUCUAUGUUUUGGCACCCAAGGGGCGGGUCCCAGGCUCAGGCAGCUGCAGGUUACACACCUGGUGCCAAUCUCAUCAAGGCUCUGCUUAAAUACUCCAGCUUUCAAGUCACUCACUGCCCGAUCAUUACAGUUUCUUCGUGGUAAACUAUGUCAGGCUGAAGUUUUCGUAGUGUUUCUUCCCAGUGCUUUCGAGAACUUAUUUUGUGUUUCCACUCAUUUCAGAAAACACAUCACAGAAAGAGUCCUCGUGAGUUCAGCAUGCUUCAG